AAGGUGGUCCUGAUGGAUCCAAGUGAAGACCAAGAUGACAUCUUGCGAGCUAACAGAUCCCGAGAAAAAACAUUUGUAUUUGACAUGGUUUUUGGUCACAGAGCAACCCAGGAAGAAGUAUAUGUGUCCACAACCAAAAGCCUGAUAGGAGGAGUAAUUUCUGGCUACAAUGCAACCAUCUUUGCAUACGGUCCAACAGGAACAGGAAAAACCUACACGAUGCUAGGGACGGACUGUGAACCAGGGAUUUAAAUCCGCACUCUUGAUGACCUCUUUAAGGCCUGUGGAGCUACCACCGAGGAGAUGGAUUACAGAGUCUCCAUGUCCUACCUGGAGAUCUAUAAUGAAGUGAUCCGUGACUUCCUGAACCCAUCCUCGGGGUUCUUAGACCUGAGAGAGGACCCCAGAGGCAGCAUCCAGAUAGCAGGAAUUACAGAAGUCUUCACUACAAAUGUUCAGGAGGUACAGCAACUGUUAAUGAAAGGAAACAAGCAACGCACCCAGGAGCCCACUGCUGCCAACGAGACGUCCUCCCGCUCGCACGCGGUGCUGCAGGGGACGGUGACGCAGAAAAGGCAAAGGCAGGCGAUCGGCGAGGAAUUGAGAAUUGGAAAGCUUUUCGUGGUCGUCUUGGCAGGGUCAGAGAGAGCGGCCCAGACACAGAACCGGGGCAAGAGGAUGAAGGAAGGAGCUCACAUCAACCGCUCGCUGCUGGCUUUGGGCAACUGCAUCAAUGCUUUGAGCGAGAAGGGGGGAGCCGCCCAGUUUGUCAACUUUCGAGACAGCAAACUCACACGCCCGCGGAAGGACUCAUUAGGGGGCAACAGCAGGACUGUUAUGAUUGCACAUAUCAGCCCAGCCGGUACCUCCUUUGAAGAAUCUCCAACGGCCUUGAUCUACGCCUACUGACCAAAAAACAUCAAGACACAGGUAAAAUGUAACCUGCAGAACAUCUCCUACCACAUUGACCAAUACACCAGCAUCAUCGCGGACCCCCACAGGGAGACAGAGCAUCUGAAGGCAAGGGUUGAAAACGAGGAGAAGGAGAAAAGCGCAGGCAGCUCUGACCUCGGGGAUCUGCAAGCAAAGGGGCACCCAGGCUCUGUGGCACCCAGCAGCCAAGUAAUAAACACCUUGCGGGCGCAGCUGAUGGGGGCUUUCAGGGAGCAAAUGGAGAUGCGUCGCAGCCUGAUGGAGCUGGAAAACACCAACACUGAGCUGCACAUUGAUACCUGCAGGCACCUCCUCACAAUCACAGAGGACAUUCUGAGGACAGAGUUGGAGCACCACUUAGCAAAUGUCAAGGAAAAAGCUUCCCAGACGGAGGAGUUUUUCCCCAGACAAAUCACCAGUGAGGAUCAGCAGGAGGUGCUAAGCCUCCUCUGCAGAGCCCAUGAGCUUGAGCUUGGCAACACAGAGCUGCAGGCAAAUACACUGUUCAAGGAGAAUCUAUUGAGCCAGAAGGAUUUUGUGAUCCAGCAACUGCAGCAGCACAUGCUACUCUGUGAAGAAAUUACUCAUCAUCAUCAGAUGCUGAUAAAAGACUUGCAUGGGAAAAAGGCACUUGCAGACUUUGCUGCUGUUCCACUGAGUCUGGAGACCUUGAAGGAAAUUGCUGCCAACACCAAAAGCUUCUCUCUCGUUGCAGCCAGUCGCCGUUCCAGAGCCCAACACAGAGACCUUGGGAGCGAAAUCUCCUCAGGCCGCUCCUCUGAGGAGGAUAUGCUUAAGCUGAAGUAUCUAGAGGCCAAUUCCACCCCAGAUU